GAAGCAAGGCAGACGCGAAUGUGCGCCCGCUUCCGGGCCCGGACGCCAUUUUCAGCGGUUGCGUUUGGCUCGGGCUGGUGCUCUUGCCGGGACAAUGAGCUACGACUACCAUCAGAGCUGGAGCCGCGACGCGGGGCCGCGAGGCUCCGGCCAGGGCUCUGGCGGCGGCGGCGGAGGGAGCCGGGGCCCGGGCGGCGGCGGAGGAGGCGGAGGAGGCCGCGGUGGCCGGGGACGGCAUCCCGGACACCUCAAGGGUCGCGAGAUCGGCCUGUGGUACGCCAAGAAGCAGACGCAGAAGAACAAGGAGGCCGAGAGGCAGGAGAGAGCUGUAGUACACAUGGAUGAACGGCGAGAAGAGCAAAUUGUGCAGCUGCUGAAUUCUGUCCAAGCUAAGAAUGAUAAAGAUUCAGAAGCACAGAUAUCCUGGUUUGCUCCUGAGGAUCAUGGGUAUGGUACUGAAGUGUCUAAGGAGAAAAAAAUUAACUCAGAGAAGAAGUUGGACAACCAGGAAAAGAAAUCGCUGAACCAAGAAAAAAAGACAUUUAGGAUCACAGACAAAUCAUACAUUGACAGAGAUUCUGAGUACUUAUUGCAAGAAAAUGAGCCAAAUGUAGGCUUAGACCAGCAAUUAUUGGAAGAUUUACAAAAGAAAAAAACGGACCCUCGGUAUAUAGAGAUGCAGUGUUUCAGAAAAAAGCUGCCUUCAUAUGGAAUGCAAAAGGAGCUGGUAAAUUUAAUCAAUAACCAUCAGGUAACAGUAGUAAGUGGUGAAACCGGCUGUGGCAAAACCACUCAGGUCACGCAGUUCAUCUUGGAUGACUACAUUGAGAGAGGAAAAGGCUCUGCCUGCAGAAUCGUGUGUACGCAACCAAGAAGAAUUAGUGCUAUUUCAGUUGCUGAGAGAGUAGCCGCAGAAAGGGCCGAGUCUUGUGGCAAUGGUAAUAGCACUGGAUACCAGAUUCGUCUCCAGAGUCGGUUGCCAAGGAAACAGGGUUCUAUCUUAUAUUGCACAACAGGAAUCAUUCUUCAGUGGCUCCAGUCAGACUCGCGUUUGUCCAGUGUUAGCCAUAUUGUGCUUGAUGAAAUUCAUGAAAGGAACCUACAGUCAGAUGUUUUAAUGACUGUUAUUAAAGAUCUUCUCAAUUUUCGAUCUGACCUGAAAGUAAUACUGAUGAGUGCAACGUUGAAUGCUGAGAAAUUUUCAGAAUAUUUUGGUAACUGUCCAAUGAUACAUAUACCUGGUUUUACUUUUCCAGUUGUGGAAUAUCUUUUGGAAGAUAUCAUUGAAAAAAUAAGAUACGUUCCAGAACAAAAAGAACGUAGAUCCCAGUUCAAGAGGGGUUUCAUGCAGGGUCAUGUAAAUAGACAAGAAAAAGAAGAAAAAGAGGCAAUCUAUAAAGAACGCUGGCCAGUUUAUAUAAAGGAGCUGCGGACAAGAUACUCUGCAAGUACCGUAGAUGUUUUGGAAAGGAUGGAUGAUGAUAAAGUUGAUCUGAAUUUGAUUGCUGCCCUUAUUCGAUACAUUGUUUUGGAAGAAGAGGAUGGUGCAAUACUGGUCUUUCUACCAGGCUGGGACAAUAUCAGCACUUUACAUGAUCUCUUGAUGUCACAAGUGAUGUUUAAAUCAGAUAAGUUUCUUAUUAUACCUUUACAUUCACUGAUGCCUACAGUAAACCAAACACAGGUAUUUAAAAAAACUCCUCCCGGCGUUCGGAAAAUAGUAAUUGCUACCAACAUUGCAGAGACUAGCAUCACCAUAGAUGAUGUGGUUUAUGUAAUAGAUGGAGGAAAAAUUAAAGAGACACACUUUGACACACAGAACAACAUCAGUACCAUGUCUGCUGAGUGGGUCAGUAAAGCUAAUGCCAAACAGAGGAAAGGAAGAGCAGGAAGAGUUCAGCCUGGUCAUUGUUAUCAUCUGUAUAAUGGCCUUAGAGCAAGUCUUCUAGAUGACUACCAACUACCAGAAAUUUUGAGAACUCCUUUGGAAGAACUUUGUUUGCAAAUAAAGAUUUUAAGGCUAGGUGGAAUUGCUUAUUUUCUGAGUAGAUUAAUGGAUCCACCAUCAAAUGAGGCAGUAUUGCUCUCCAUAAAGCACCUAAUGGAACUGAGUGCUUUGGAUAAACAAGAAGAAUUGACACCUCUUGGCGUCCAUUUAGCCCGAUUACCUGUUGAGCCACAUAUUGGAAAAAUGAUUCUUUUUGGAGCUUUAUUCUGUUGCUUGGAUCCAGUGCUCACUAUUGCUGCCAGUCUCAGCUUUAAAGAUCCCUUUGUCAUUCCUCUGGGAAAAGAAAAGGUUGCAGAUGCAAGAAGAAAGGAAUUGGCAAAGGAAACUAGAAGUGAUCACCUGACAGUUGUGAAUGCAUUUGAGGGUUGGGAAGAAGCUAAGCGACGUGGUUUCAGAUAUGAAAAAGACUACUGUUGGGAAUAUUUUCUGUCUCCAAACACACUGCAGAUGCUGCAUAACAUGAAGGGACAAUUUGCUGAGCAUCUUCUUGGAGCUGGAUUUGUAAGCAGCAGAAGUCCCAAAGAUCCUAAAGCUAAUAUAAAUUCAGAUAACGAGAAGAUAAUUAAAGCUGUCAUCUGUGCUGGUUUAUAUCCCAAAGUUGCUAAAAUCCGACUAAAUUUGGGUAAAAAAAGAAAAAUGGUAAAAGUUCACACAAAGUCUGAUGGUCUGGUUUCUAUUCAUCCUAAGUCUGUCAAUGUGGAGCAAACAGACUUCCACUAUAACUGGCUUAUCUAUCACCUGAAGAUGAGGACAAGCAGUAUUUACUUGUACGACUGUACAGAAGUUUCACCAUACUGCCUGUUGUUCUUUGGGGGAGAUAUUUCCAUCCAGAAAGAUAAUGGUCAGGAAGUUAUUGCUGUAGAUGAAUGGAUUGUGUUUCAGUCUCCAGAAAGAAUUGCCCAUCUUGUUAAGGGGCUAAGAAAGGAACUGGAUAUCCUUCUGCAAGAGAAGAUUGAAUGCCCUCAUCCUGUAGACUGGAAUGAUACUAAGUCCAGAGACUGUGCAGUACUGUCAGCUAUUCUAGACUUGAUCAAAACACAGGAAAAAGCCGUUCCAAGGAACUUGCCACCACGGUCACAGGAGGGAUAUUACAGCUGACAGCUUUCUGUGGUGGCCUAAAACUCAGCCUGAUGUUCAUGUUUCUCUCUCUCUCUUUUUUUUCUCUUUUUUAGUUUUUGGCAAAAUGUCAAGCCUUGGGUUCUGAAUCGCUGUUGUGUGUAAGAUAGAAACUUUAAGUGGGUAGUAAAGAGUUAAUGUGCAUGAUUAAACAGUGUCAUCUAUAAAGACACUGGGAAAUGCAGUAUGCUCUCUGAUCAUAUACUCUAUUGUAGAUAUGUCCACACUUCGGGAGUAUUCUUCCAUAUAUUAAGUGUUGUAACAUUGACAAAUCCCUUUAUGCCAUUAUGCAAAAUUAAUUUUCUGUCCAUAGUGACUGUCUCUAGACAGUAAGAAUAGAAUGUUUGGCCAAAAAGCAGUGUGAAGUAAGAAUUUGAAUACAACCACAUUUUUAAAAAUGAACUUCUAUUACAAGUAAAUUUGUUGUAAUAAAGCUCAGUAUUUAAUAAAAUGUACAGUGUGUAAAUCUCA